CAAAAAAGUAGGAAAAAAACAUUUGGCAAACCAUAAUAUCAAAGAAAACCAAAGUUCAUAUAUUUGCGAGGCGCUCUCGAGUUCGGGAUCGGCGCUUAGCAACCCCCUCUCUUAUUCUCUCUUAUUCUCUCUCCUACUUCUGCAAUUCUUUGGAUCCUUCUGUGUUGCAGACCCUCAAUUAGCUCCUCAAAUCUUAGUUGAUUGCAAUCGGUUUCACUGCCAAUUCCAGGGUUCUGGGUAAUUUAGAUCUGAAUUUGAGGACCGGGUUUUUAAAGGCGAAUUCACGAUGUUUUGGCGUAUGGCGGGUUUGUCCACUGCAUCUCCGGUGGAGACCAUUUUGGACAAGGAUAACUUUACACUAGAUGAGCUUCUCGACGAGGAUGAAAUUAUCCAAGAAUGCAAAUCUCUUAAUGCUCGGCUUAUUAAUUUUUUGCGUGAGAGACCACAGGUUGAGCAACUUAUUCGUUAUAUAGUAGAGGAAGCACCCGAAGAUGCUGAAAGACAGAGAAACUUUAAGUUUCCUUUCAUUUCUUGUGAGAUUUUUACAUGUGAAGUUGACAUUAUUCUUAAAACAUUGGUAGAAGAUGAGGAGUUGAUGAAUCUUUUAUUUUCGUUCUUGGAUCCGGAACACUCACAUAGCACCUUAUUGGCGGGAUACUUUAGCAAGGUUGUGGUUUGCCUUCUGAUGCGGAAGACAGUUUCUCUUAUGAACUAUAUUCAAGCACAUCAAGAAAUAAUUAGGCAGCUAGUUGAUCUUAUUGGGAUUACCUCCAUUAUGGAGGUGUUGAUUCGCCUUGUUGGUGCUGAUGAACAUAUAUAUGCGAACUAUGCAGAAGCUAUGUUGUGGUUGGAAGAUACAGAUGUCUUGGAUAUGAUUGUGGAUAAAUUUAGCUCUUCCGAUUCUCCUGAAGUCCAUGCUAAUGCCGCAGAGACGCUGUGUGCCAUUACUAGAUAUGCUCCCCCGGGCAUCUCAGCUAAAAUUGCUAGUUCAAGGCUUAUAGGAAGGCUAUUCCACAAUGCUCUGGAAGAGUCCCGGCCGAAAUCAGUUUUGUUUAAUUCCCUUUCUGUAUGCAUCUCCUUGUUAGACCCAAAGAGGCUAACUUUUGGUACUUACCAUGCAUACAAUCGCCAAUUUUCUCAAGGACCCUCAAUAACUGCUAAUCAUGAAACCGUUGAAGGAAUGCUAGGGAGUCUGGGUAAUCUACUCAAGUUGUUGGAUGUUUCUUCAGAAGAAAGCGUCUUGCUAACAACAUAUGGUAAAUUGCAUCCACCACUAGGAAAGCAACGUUUGAAGAUCAUUGAGUUUAUUUUAGUCUUACUCUCAAGUGGUAACGAAGCCGCUGAAAAGGAAGUCAUUCGACUUGGAGCAGUGAAAAGAAUCUUAGACAUGUUUUUUGAGUACCCGUACAAUAAUUUUUUACAUCACCAUGUAGAGAACAUCAUACUAUCUUGCUCUGAGAGCAAGAGUUCUGUCCUCGUUGAGCAUCUACUUCUUGAUUGUGAUCUUGUUGGAAAGAUAUUAGAAGCUGAAAAAAGUCCUUCGCUAUCAACUGAUUCGAGCAAGCCCACAGUGGGUAUUGAUGGAAGACACCCUCCUAGAGUGGGAAAUAUUGGUCACCUAACUCGCAUAUCUAACAAACUUGUCCAUCUUGGUAACACGAACUCCGAAAUUCAGGCAUUUUUUCAGGAUAAUGUGGAAUGGCUUGACUGGUGUUCAAAUGUAUUAUCUAACCGCAAUGCUGUGGAAAAUGUUUAUCAAUGGGUGUGCGGGAGACCAACUGCACUGCAGGACCGCACUAGAGAUAGUGAUGAGGAUGAUUACCAAGAUAGAGACUAUGAUGUUGCAGCUCUUGCUAACAAUUUAAGUCAGGCCUUCCACUAUGGCAUAUACAGCAAUGAUAUGGAAGAGGUUCAAGCAUCACUUGAACGGGAUGAAGAGGAUGUUUACUUUGAUGAUGAAUCUGCGGAGGUGGUUAUAUCCUCGCUGCGUCUUGGAGAUGACCAGGAGAGUGGUUCGCUGUUCACUAAUUCUAAUUGGUUUGCUUUUGAGGACGACCGUGUUAAUAACGAGCGCAUGACUGACUCACUUGCCUCUCCAUCACCAGCUGAUGAGGAAAUGGGUGUUAGUAGUAGUAAUGAUGACGUUAAUGUGAAUGGUGACAUGACUGACACUGCAGCUUCACAAGUGCCUGAAACCGAAUCGAAAACACAUGAGGCCAUCAUUGCUGGAGAGGAAGUUGGAAGGGGUGCUACCAGUGAGCAAAAUGACUGGGUUGAAUGGAGGGAAACAUCAAAUUCAAGUGAUGAAACUGAUAAACAAGGGGAAGUAACGAAUGAGAUUGAGGAACUAGGGAACGAGGUUGAGAAGGAGAUAUCCUUGAGUGCACCUGAACCAUCAUCUUCCUCGACAAUCGAUGUUCCAGAGAGGAAUGAUGUUACGAAUGAAAAUGUAGGGGAUCCAUUAUCCAGUUGUAGCUCAAAUACUGAAAUCAAGUCGUUUGGAGCAGGACAGAUUCCAAACCCAGAUCAAACUAAAACUGAUUUGGGUAAAGCGGAGAACUAGAUGUACAUUAGAAUCCAGCAAAAAACGUCAGUCAAAUUUCCAAUUCCAUAAAUGUUGGUAUCUCAUUGUAAGUUUUCUAGCUCCUUUUAUUGUACAUCUUAGUGGGUUCAAAUUAUUAUUAAGUAGAGAAAGUAAUGAUUCUUUUUGAGAAACUCAGGAGACUCGUCCUCUUCUCAUUGUAACGUAGUGAAGUAACUGGAAGGCCUAAUUUCCAUAUUUUUAUUUUUCAACUAUAGCCAUAAUAACAGUUCAGUCGUUAUUCUUUCCAA